UGAUUCGAAAAAACAAGCAACAGAAUCGAUCAUUUCUAACGUGACUUUCUCCGAUCUAGUCAUUCAUGUUGUAGCUGUGUCAGAAUCGGUGCGCUUACAGCAAGUUUUAGCCACUUAUGGCAUUCAAACACAAACACCAAAACAAAUCGAACCUCUCCUAAUCUGGCCACCUGCAGAAUUGGUCAAAGCAUAUGCAAAUUUGGGUGUUAAUAAAAAACUUGGCUUUAGUGGACGUCCAGUACGACCCAUUGGCGUAUUGGGUACAUGCAAAGUGUACCGAAUCAGCUCCAAAACAGUCCUAUGCUAUCCAUUAACAUUUGAAACGACAGAUUUCUAUAUCUCAAGUGACAUGACUCUACUAUUGGAUAAUAUUCGUAGCGAUUUGGAGUUUAUUACGAAAUGCUGGCGUCUCAAAGGUCGACCGACCUAUGUGAUGAUGCUACGGGAGCGUCAUCUUCGGUACGAAACUUUGCAUUUCCAAAUUCUUCUGUUAGACAGCGAUAUCAACUGCUUGCAUCGAACAUCUUGA